AUGCUCAAAGCAUCCAAUAUGGUGUUUAUGGGAUUAAUCCCAUUGAUUGACCUUUUAGUAGAGUGUUUCUAUCAGAUAUUGCUUGUCCUUUCUCUCAACACAAAGCUAAGUCAAUACAAAAAUUUUUCCAAGCUUAUUUUGAAAGAAAAGCACCUCCACCACAUCGAGGAAAGCAUUUACCAUACACUAUGUCAUCUUUCAUUGCAUAUGGGAAUGGCAAUUGUCUGUGUUUGGCUGAUUGCCAUAGCUCUCAGCUCUAGACUGAGAUCUUUUGUCUUAUGCCACAUUUCUUCUAUUUUGUAUUUGUUCCCAAAAUUUCUCAAUGUUACGAGCUUUGAGAUUUUCUUGCUUGAAAUUCAAUGUGUAUGUGUCAGAUGUAUUGAGUCUAAGUGGAUUUGGAAUCUUUUUGUGAACGAAUCAUCUAUUUUAGACUACAUUUGGCCUGUUUUUGUACUUCUUAUAUGGGCCCCCUUUGAAGUUCGUUUUAAAAUAUUCCUAGAAGAGAGGUUUCAUCAUCUUGCGCCCAUAGUUCUAGGAAUAACACAUGGAAUGGCAUGCACAACAUUUCCAAUAGCCUAUUUCCUUGCUAUGAAAUUGGUUUAUCAUUCUGUAAAGUCUGAAAUUAAUUCUUCAUUAAUUUUGAAAAAACUAGGCUUUUAUCACUUCGAAACAGCCUCUAAGCACGUGAAAGUACUGCCCAUAUCUAUGCCUAGCGAUCAAUUCUUUCUAGUACAAGGCCAUAUCUCCGAUCAUAGCAAGGGAAUCUAUGAGUUUCUGCAGUUCGAAGCUUUUAAAUUUGAUGGAUACGCUUCCAUGUACUAUCUUCUUCAACAAUUUGCAAAAAAUUUAAUUUUUGCAUGUUUAGUGAUAUACUUUGAUAAGAGAUUCCUAAAAGUAUUCUGUAGCAAUGAUAUUCACCACAUUUGUGCUCAUCUUCUCACUGAAGAGUACCUAAAUGUGGGAUUUUCAAGGUAUUUAUUUUCACCAUUCACCUUUGUUGAAAAUUACUUUAUCAACCAGCAUGACAUGAAAAUCAAAGAAAAUGUUGGCAGGGACGUGUCGUCCCUUUCAAACUAUUUCUCUUUUCAAUUACAUAAUCACAAAAACAUUCAUCCGUCUCUUUUUUAUAGACUCUUUAAUAAUGAGACGGAUACUAUUGAAAGAAUUGACAAUAUUUUAAGAAAAUAA